UCACAAAUGUCGACUAACGUUACCAGUCUGAGUUUUCACAUUUCUGCUAGCACUUUAGUUUCUUAUAAAUAAAACGCAGAGCAUUUGUAACCAAUCCGUUUUAAAAUGGGGGACAAAAAGCAACCACCUCCUCCCAAACGUGUUUUUAUCAACGACGUCGACAGGUAUUCCUCCAAACACAUCGCGAAGUUUUUAUCGACAUGUGGAGCCGGACUGGCCUCUGAGGAGGCAGAAGAGGAGGAGACCUCCCCUCCAGGUGAACCUGCCCUCCAGAUAGUGGGAACUGUUUCUCCUUCAAACAAAGAUGAAAAAGAAAGCUUUCUGUUUGAACAGUAUACGUCACCAACUCGAGGUGAGCUUCUUGAGCACCUGAUGGAGUGUGACAUUGUGGUGUACAACAUAUCAGAAAAUGCUACACAACAGCAGGUUGAAGAUGCAACAUGGGCAAUAAGAGCUCUUCAUGCUGAGAUGGAGAACUACAAGUCUCGGAAAAUGUUCAUCUUAGUCUCGAGCGUGAUGACCUGGGCCAUGACCAAACCACAGAAUCCGGAAGAGACAGAUGUUCUGCUGACAGAGGAAGAGUUCAGAAGAAGACGACCACACCCAAAUUUUAGAAACCGCAAUGAUCUGGAGAAACUUGUGCUCAAACUGGGCAGAGGUAAAAAGUCAAAGCUUACCGGCUAUGUUGUAGCUAGUGGUCUUCAGUACGGAAAGGGAGAAAACCUCUUUCACUACUUUUUCAAGGUGUCCUGGUUGAUGCAGUUUCCAAAAGUCCCUCUCUUUGGACAGGGCACAAAUUACAUCCCAAUGAUUCACGUAUACGACCUUGGGGGAGUGAUUCAAAACAUCAUUGAACUCAAACCAAAGUCAAAGUACAUUCUUGCUGUCGAUGACUCCAAGAACACUUUAGAGGAUAUUGUAAAGAUGAUAAGCGAUACACUUGGGCCAGGAAAGAUUAACAAAGUGCCAGAGCAGGAAGCCAUCACCAUGAAGGCUUUUAAGCCAGAGGAGCUGGAGUACCUAAAUAUCAACCUCCGCCUGGAUGCUUUUAUCAUAAAAGACUCCUUCAGUCUCCGCUGGACGUCUGAAGCUGGGAUGGUUGAAAACAUGGCGAGCAUUGUGGAGGAAUACAAAGACACCAGGCAGCUACUUCCAAUCAGAAUCUGCCUGGUUGGACCUCCAGCUGUGGGUAAAAGCACCGUUGCAGAGAAGCUCUGUGGUCAUUACCAAAUACACCACAUCAAGAUCAAAGAGGUCAUUGAGGAGAAGAUCGCACAACUGAAGGAGAUAGUGAAUGAAUCUGACCCUGAAAAUGUCAGUGAAGAUGUUGCAGCUGCUGCACAGAAACAGAAACUGGAAAUUUUUAACAAAAGCAUGGACAUGAAUGCAGGUCGACUGGCAGACCAUCUAGUUUUUGACAUUUUGCAAGAAAAGCUGAAUUCAAAGCCAUGUAGGAAUCAAGGAUUUGUUAUCGAUGGCUUCCUCAAAACCUACGAGCAGGCAAAGAUGAUUUUCUCUGAUGAGGUCACAGAGAACCAUGAUUUGAUGCCCAAAACACCCGUAUACAACAAGAAUAUUACUCCAGAGCAUGUUUUUGCCCUCAAUGCGACAGAUGAUUUUCUGACAAAGCGAGUGCAGGGACUUCCACAGAGUGUGGCAGAGAAGAUGCACUACACACAGGAGGAGUUUAACCCUCGCCUGACGAGAUACAGACAACUCUGUGCUGCUGAGGAAACCUUGCUGGACUACUUUGAUGAGCUUGAGAUUCACCCAGAACACAUUGAGGUCACUGCAGGAGAUUCAGAGUAUGCAGAUGUUAUGAAGAAGAUCACAGAGAUGGUGGGAGCUCCCAAAAACUAUGGUCUGAGUCCAGAGGAGCAGGAGGAGGAGGACAGGAAGAAAGAGGAAGAGAGGAGGCAGAGAGUGGCUGCAGAGGCUGCGGAGAAGAAACGCAGGAAGGAAGCUGCACUGGCUGAGAUGGCUGCUCAGUAUGAGGAGUGGCAGAAGAAUUUGUCGGAGGUGAAGCGACAGGAGUGCGAGCUGCUGGAAGCUCACUCUCUUCCUCUGAGGAACUAUCUGAUGAAGUACGUGAUGCCCUCGCUCACUGAGGCCAUGUUAGAGUGCUCCAAGAUCAAACCGGACGACCCCGUCGACUUUUUGGCUGAAUAUCUUCUACGGAACAACCAGCAAGAAUAACAAAUGAUCCA